AUGGCCAGUGCAAGGGCUAUUCCAUCCAUUAGCCUUGACAACAGAACCACAGUAACAUUGGGGGCCCAUAGCAUCACCAAACCGCUCGAGAAAAACAUGAUCGAUGAUGCUAUCAGCAUAGGACGCCUUCCAAACACGUCAGAAACUGUCCCAGAGAAUAUUGUAACAACAGUGCCAGUGAGAAAUGCUGUGGACAUGAUUAGCCCCUCUAGUGUGGGGUCAUCUGGGACUGUCAAAAAAGGAAAAAAGAGAAUUCAAGUUUGGGAGGGUGAUAGGGAGAAUUACGAAGAGCUCGUUGAUUAUUUACACCCGAAGAAGAAUCUUAAUCCUGAUGAAGUUGCGUUACUUGUGACAACUUUAAAGGCUCUUUCUGGUGCAGUGUCCUAUAUAGAUUAUGUUCAUCACGAAUCUCUUCUCUUUGCUGUUUCAAGAAUGAGCUUCUGGAAUUUCGGAACUGAGGUUAUGGAUGCACUGCAGGAACUCAUUGUAUCUUUGAUGCUUGUGAAACAUUCUGUGCCGCCAUUUUACCUCUUGGAUUCCGUGAAACAGGAGAAUGGAAUUGAAAGGAAAAGUAAAGCUCUGUCCGGAGUGCAUGCCGCUUUGAAAGAGAUAGCUGAUUUGGUGCCUCGUGUUAGGUAA